AUGGCUAAUGAACGUUCAAAAGAUAAGUCUCAUGAAGUUGUUGAAAAACUUGGAAUUGGUUUUAAUAAAUUAAAUAAUAAAUUCGUUAAUUUAUUAGAAGAAAAUCAAAAGAUUAAACAACAAUAUAAAAAUCAUGAAGAAAAAAUUCAAGAAAUUUUACGUACUAAUUCUGAACUAAAUGAAAAAAAUAAAGAAUUCUUACGUACUAUUUCAGAAUUAAAUGAAAAACAUCAAGAAAUUUUACGUACAAAUUCUAAUUUAAUUGAAGAAAAUAAAGAAUUCACACGAAUUAAUUCUGAGUUAAAAAGUCAACUUCAAAAAAAAGAUAUACAAUUUGAAAAACUUCAACAACAUACUUCAAAUUUAGAAAAACAAAGAAAUGAAGAAUCACAACAAAUACAACAACUUGAAAUGAUGAAAGAAACUUUAGAGAAGAAUUUAGAAGUAUUGAAAUUAGAUGAAAUUGAUGAGAAUAUUAUUAAAGCUCUUAAAGAAAAUAAUAAAGAUUUUUCGUCAAAUUUUUUCAAUAAAGGUUUAGAAAAAGAUACAGAAAAACCUAAGCUUUAUUCUGAUAUCAGAAUUGUGGUUGGGUUAGACUUUGGUGUAAAGUACUCAGGAUUCUCUUAUUGCCAUGUUGCUAAUAAACAAAAUAUAACUUCAAAUACUACAUGGAAUGGGCAAAUGGGCUAUUUAAAAACCAAUACAGUUCUUCAAUAUGAUGAUGAAUAUAAUAAUGUGUUAUUAUGGGGUGCUCCAGCUUUGGCUAAAAAACCGAAUCGCCGAACCAAAAGUCAAAAUAAUGAAAGAAAUAAUCCUGUUGAAUUAUUCGCAUUAUAUUUGAGCAGCCUAGAUGAAAGCUCUAAACCAAAACUUCCGGUUGAUUAUAAAAAGGCUAUUACUGAUUAUCUCAGAGAAAUCGGCAAGGUAAUUAAAGAAACUGUUGCAAGGUGUUGGCCAAAUGUUGAUUACUUUAAGAAUACACUUUUAUUCAUUACCGUUCCUGCAGAAAUUUCUGAAAAGUCGAAAACAAUUAUGAGAACAUGUGCAUAUAAUGCAAGUUUGAUCAAAGAAGAAUAUUCAACAAAUUUGCAAAUCAUUACAGAACCCGAGGCUGCUGUAAUGUAUUGUAUGAAAAAUCGUGAAAACCAAGUUUUUGCACAAUCAAAUACUAAUAUUAUGAUAGUUGACUGUGGUGAUGAUGUAGUGAAUUUGACGACCCAUAAUUUUAUAAAUAAUCACUUUGGAGAAAUAACUAAUAAAGCCAAAGAUUCUUGUGGAAGUUCUUUCAUUAAUGCUGAGUUGAUUAAAUAUUUACGAAAAAGACUUGGAGACAAACCUAUGAAUUUGUUUAGAGAUAAUGAUUAUGGACAAAUGCAAUAUUUGAUACAACAAUUUUGUAGAAUUUGCAAAUUUCCUUUUACAGGAGAUGAUCCAGAUUUUAUAUAUAAAUUGGAUAUUAAGCAUACAGCUCCAGUAUUAUUACAAUAUAUUACUAAUGGAAAAAUCAAAAAUACCUUAGAGGAAGAUGAUUGGAUAAUUGAAAUUGAUUUUAAAACAAUUAAAUCAAUCUUUGAUCCUGUUAUUCAGAAAAUUCUUCAUUUAAUAAAAGCUCAAUUAAAUAAUACUCAUGAAACUUGUUCCGCAAUGUUCUUAGUUGGAAGCCUUAGUGAAUCAAAAUAUUUACAAAAAAGAAUUAAAGAAGAGUUUAAUCAUCAAGUUAAUAAUAUUUCAGUUCCCGCUCAACCUAUAGCAGCAGUUUCACGUGGAGCUGUGAUUUAUGGAUUAGAAUCUAUAAAUUCAAACGGGACGAAUAAUUUAGAAAAUAAAGAUAGUAUUAUUCCUUCCAGGGUUCUUAAAUUUACUUAUGGAAUUGGAUUAUGCUUGGAUUGGAAAGAAGGUGUUGACCCUCCAUCAAGAAAAACCUCUAAUGGAAAAGUUUUUAAAUUUAGUCCUUUGGUAAGGAGAGGAGCAGUAGUAGAAGUAGAUCAAGUAUUUAGCUCAAGUAACCAUAGGCCAUCUCUCCCAGAUCAAAUAGCAAUGAACUUUAAGUUAUAUAGAACUUCCGAAUUUAAUGCAGAAUAUUGUGAUGAGCCUGGAAUGGAACUAUUAGGGGAACUAUAUAUUGACCUUCCAGAUGUUCACUUAGGUUGUGAUAGAGUUGUUACUCUUGGACUUUCUUUUGAUCAAACGGUAAUUUCAGUAUUUGCAAUAUAUGAGGUCACUGGUAAAAAAUAUAUAAUUAAACUUUUAUGUAGUGAAUAUUGA